AUGAAUGAGAGGAAGUCUGUGAAGCCUAGCAUUGAACAAGCACUCAUGGUAGAAAGUGGAAACAGAAGUCGUGACAGUCAAGGAGGACGUGGCAGAAGUAGAAACAAUUACAAAGGAGGAAAAGGCAGAGGUAACAAUUGUAACUCAAACUCUGGUAGAGGAAACUCUAGUAAUAAUUACAAUAGUGAACAAAAGAACAAUAGCAGUGAAAAUUAUAGAAGAAGAGGUGGAAGAGGUGGUAGAGGAAGAGGUGGAAGAGGAGGAAGAAAAAUUGAUAAGAGUCACAUUCAAUGUUAUAAUUGUGAGAAAUACGGUCAUUUUGCCGAUGAAUGCUAUAGUAAUCCAAGCCACCCUGAGGCAAGAUUGGCUUAA